AUGCAACUGAAACAACAGAUAGGAAUUAGAAGCAGCAUGGCCCCCGGUUUCACUUUCUUCUACUCAUCUCUGUUGACUGGUUUAUACAUCUUAGUUGCUGCAAAUGCAAGCCGGGGCAAUUUUCUGUGUCCUUUCGACUCUUUAUACCAGUUUGGAGAUUCAAUUUCAGACACUGGCAACCUAAUCCGGGUACCAGGUGUUGGUCCUACCCUUCCAGCCGCCCGUUUCCCCUAUGGACAAACUAUUGGCAGACCCACUGGUCGAUGGUCCGAUGGCCUCCUCAUUAUAGAUUUUACUGCUAUGGAUCUUCACCUACCCCUGCUUAAUCCCUACCUGGACAGAAAUGCAUCCUUCAACAAUGGCGUCAACUUUGCAGUGGCUGGAAGCACAGCUCUGGACUUUGUUUUCUUCACGGCACGAGGAAUCGUGGUUCCAAUCGUUACAUCACCCCUCGGCGUCCAAGUUAAUUCGUUUAAACAAUACCUCAGCUCUAUAUGUUCCUCACCAACAGAAUGUUCGACAAAGCUUAGGCAGUCUCUUUUCUGGGUGGGUGAGAUUGGAGGCAAUGAUAUCAACUAUGCGUUCACACAAGGCAAAUCCCUUCAAGAGAUUCGAACUUACAUCCCAUCCAUAACUCAAGCAAUCAUUAAUAACACAAGACAAAUUAUCCAGCUAGGCGCAAAACGUAUAGUGGUUCCUGGAAAUUUUCCACUUGGUUGCAUCCCCGUCGCUUUAAACUUUGUUUCCAAUGCUAGUUCUCUGGAGUUUGACGAAUUUGGGUGCUCAAGAAGUUUCAAUGAUCUUGCUAGGUAUCAAAACAGUUAUCUACAAACUGCUUUGAACUCGCUCAGGAAGGAAUUUCCAGAUGCUGUCAUAGUCUAUGCGGACUUUUACGGCUCUUUUCGAUCGGUUCUCACUCGGGCACGCUUUCUUGGUUUUGACGCUGGAUCGCUACUGCAAGCUUGCUGUGGAAUUGGAGGACCAUACAACUAUGACAUGAACAGAGCGUGUGGAUCUCCAGGAGUACCCGUUUGCCCAAACCCACGACGAUUUAUCCACUGGGACGGCCUCCAUCUCACGCAGGAGGCUUACCGUCGCAUCUCGGAAUUCCUCAUUCCUGACAUACUCUCAAGAAUUCAGUGCUUUUAGACAUUGAUUUGCUUUGUUCAAUUUCAGCCAAGAUCUUAGAUUGGCAAAGAAAUAAUUGCAACUUGUGUUUUCCCCAAUUGUACGCUGCUGAAAGAUUGACUUAGUGUAGCAUUCUAGCUAUAUAUGGCGAAAUUCAGCCAAGAGAACUGCAAUCAAUAGCUGAAGCUCGUAUAAUUAAGCGACCUAAUACAUUUAGCAGCAUCUAUCUCCUGUUCAUGCUCAUCCUGGAUUAUUUACAGCAUCAAAGGUUGUCAUCUGGGAUGCUAAGGUUGCUGCAUGUUGCUUGAUUCAGAUAGCUGAAUUUCACUGGUACCAGCUGAAGCAGCAUUCUCGUUUGUCCUGUUGGAUUCAUGAACUUCACCUUGUCUCGCUGAAAUAUCUGCAACAUCAACUUCAGCUUCGCGAACUUCCCCAGGUCCAUGUGACACAUUUCUGUUGUUCUCCUCUGAUUCAUUAGCCUCUUCACUGGGUGAAUCUCCUGUGGCAUCUCUGUAGCUUAACGAGUGAACUCUUGAUUCUUUGCCACUAGAAUUCAGAAAUCUUGAACAUCUGUGGCAACAAUUCGAUAUCAUGGCAGUGAAUCUUUGUCCAAUAGAGGUCUUAGAGCAGAAUAAUGCAAUCAUGGCAGCUGAGAGUAUGAUUAUGAAGAGGCCUCCAAAAUUAUAAGCUGUAAGACUAGGGCUCUCUUGACUGAUUGAAUCUUGAUCAGCAGGAUAUCCCGGUCCAAAAUUUUUUUGCUCAAUCACAUUCAUGGUUGCACCUUGUGUUA